AUGCCAUAUGAUCAAUUGGAUACUUCAGCAUGGACUCAUCUAAAGGAUCUGGACCUUGCGGAUCCUCAAUAUUGUCAGCCAGGAGCUAUCGAUAUUUUAAUUAAUGUGGGUCUUAUGGUCUCAUCCCUUCAACCUGGUUUAUUGAAGGGUGAGGAAGGUCAACCCGCAGCGGUCAACUCUAUCUUUGGUUGGCUAGUGAUGGGUGACUGUGGUAUUGAUAUUAAACAUUCUCGUUGUCGUUCUCGCAAUAAUCCUUCUGAAACCAGCAAGGAUUGUUAUCUCGUUUCGUCGCUCUCUGUAAGAGAGAACAGUAAGCAGUCCUGGGACAUAAGAAAUGUCGUAAGUCCUAGUACUGUUAUACCUAAUAACAAUUUAUCGUGUCGAUUAGGUGACAGCUCCUUGAGAAAUUACAAGGAGUGUCUUCUCGUUUCGUCUGUAUCUUUGGACAAUAGUAUCAAGAAGUUUUGGGAAGUAGAAAAUGUCGUUAGCCCAAAUGCUGUUACUUUGGCAAAAGAUGAUUUGUCGUGUGAAAACCUUAUGGGUGCAAAAUAUUGUCGGAAUCCCGAAGGAAGAAUAGUGGUCCCAUUAACUUUCGAUGGCCUUCAGGAUCGGCCCCGGUUUUCUAAUUCUCGGGAAAUCGCACUUAAGCGACUUCUACAUUUAGAAAAGAAGUUUAAUAUGAACUCUGAUUUUCGGACAGCGUAUGUCAACUUUAUGGAUGACUAUUUGGAAAACGGUCAUAUGGAGGAGGUUAAGGCCCCUUCGUCGUAUGAAGGCGCCUUUUACUACAUUCCCCACCACGGAAUUUUACGCCCUGAUUCGGUUUCUACCCCUUUGAGGACCGUGUAUGACGCAAGUGCCAAGGAUGGUCAUGGAAAGUCUCUCAAUGACACUCUUCUGCCAGGCCCAAAGUUGCAAAAGAAUAUUUUCGAUUUAUUAAUUCGGUUUCGUUGGCAUGCUGUCGUGUUCACUGGGGACAUCAAACAAAUGUACCGCCAGUUUUUGGUUGAUAAGCAAGACUGCGAUUACCAACGCAUACUUUGGCGGCCAUCUCCCUCUGAACCUGUUAAGGACUUUCGUUUGCUUACAGUCACUUACGGCGUGUCAUGCGCGCCCUACCAAGCAUUGUGGUGUAUCUCGAAACUUGCGCAGGAGUUUAUCGAUACCGCUCCUUUGGGUGCUGCAGUUCUCAACAGGGACACCUAUGUCGAUGACAUCGUGUCAGGCGCAGAUUCGGUAGAGAAUGCGAUACUUAUUCGUGACGAGUUAAUUAAAAUCUUAACUUCUGCUCGUCUGCAUUUAAGAAAAUGGACUUCCAACGAUCAGGGGUUCCUUGUAGAUUUGUCGGAUUCCGAUUUAUACUCGGAACAUUUUCGUAAUUUCGAGGACGUUCAUGACGUCUCAUUAAAGAUUUUAGGUUUGCUGUGGCAACCUAAAUCUGACACAUUUUCAUUUAAAACCUCUAACGUAGAGUGUCGUUGCACUAAACGGUCAAUUCUAUCAGAGAUCGUUCGGAUCUUUGAUCCUUUAGGUUUCCUGUCGCCAGUGGUCUUCCUUGCGAAAUAUUUGAUGCAGCUCUUGUGGUCUUCCGGUCUCCACUGGGAUGAGGAUGUCCCUGAACCUAUCGCUGAAGAGUGGCUCAAAUUAAAAUCUCAGCUGUCGUGUUUGAGCUCACUGUCCAUACCUCGUCGAAUGGUUUUGUCCCAUGACAUUCAAAUACACGGCUUUUGUGAUGCCUCGGAACGAGGAUAUUGCGCAAUCGUUUUUUGUCGCAUGGUUAACGAUGACGAAGAAAUUAUCGUUCGUCUUUGUUGUGCAAAAAGUAAAGUCUCUCCGCUCCGUCGGCUGUCCAUUGCUCGAUUGGAAUUAUUGGCGGACCUCGUAGCGUCAGUUCGUCAUGCGUUGAAGGACUUCCAUUAUGAUGCUAAAACAUAUGCUUGUGCAAGUCAUGGUGGGCGGGACCUGCAUGGUUGUCGCGUCCUGAAGAGGAUUGGCCAAGGCGUCUCUCUCAAAGUGAUGGGGCUGCAUUCGAAGAGGAAAAGGUCUUGA